UGCGUCUAAGAGCUGUCAAGAUGGCGGCAACGGUGGCGUUUAGCAACGGCGGCGGAAGGGGGAUUCUAGCGGCUGGACUCUUUCGCGGUCACGUGGCCAUCGUGACGGGCGGGGGCACGGGCAUCGGCAAGGCUAUCGCUGCUGACCUGGUGCACCUCGGUUGUAAUGUAGUGAUUGCCUCACGUAAACUUGACAGGUUAAAAGCUGCAGCAAAAGAGUUAGCUGCUGAAAUUCCCUCCACCAGUUCUGCCCAGGUGACUCCUAUACAGUGCAACAUUCGCAAAGAAGAUGAGGUAGAGGCACUGAUGAAAUCGACGUUAGAUCUUCAUGGUAGGAUAGACUUUUUGAUCAACAAUGGAGGAGGACAGUUUCCUAGCCCAUCUGAACUAAUAAGUGCAAAAGGCUGGCAUGCUGUUAUUGAAACCAACUUGACUGGGACUUUCUAUUGCUGUAAAGCAGUGUACAAUGCUUGGAUGCGGGAUCAUGGAGGUGCCAUUGUCAAUAUUGUGGCUAAUAUGUGGAAAGGGUUUCCUGGCUUUUCGCACAGUGGAGCAGCAAGAGCCGCGGUUGAUAACCUGACCAAAACUUUAGCCAUUGAGUGGGCAUGCAGUGGCGUUAGGAUCAAUUCUGUUGCCCCGGGAGUUAUAUUUUCAGAAACUGCUGCUGCAAACUACAAAGAUGGUGAAGAAUUGUUUAUAAACUAUAGUGAGAAUAUUCCUACAAAGAGAUUAGGACUUCCUGAAGAGGUAUCCCCACUGGUGUGUUUCCUGCUUUCUCCAGCUGCCUCCUUUAUAACUGGAGAAACUGUGAAGAUUGAUGGUGGACAAAGCCUAUAUAGCUGUUCUUGGAAAAUCCCAGAUCAUGACAAUUGGCCCCCUGCACCAGAUGGACAUAAUGCCAGAGCACUCAGAAGCUUGCUUUCAGGAAAACCUAAGUCAAAACUAUAAUUCAAAGAAAUGGGAUUUGUCCCCAUUUUAUUUGUGUCGCUGGGGAUAUGCUAUUUUUCAGCAAUUAACUGCAGUUUUAAAAAACACUGCCUCAGAAUAAAAACACAUUUUUUUUUGUAAUGAAAUGACUACUGGAAUAUGACAGUUUGUUGUCCUGGGCACUCUAAGGGCUUUGUAUCAAUAACUCUUGCCAUAACAAUGAAAAUCAGAAUGCCUAAAGUUUCAUUAUAAAGGAAAUAGGCAAUUUGUAUCUAUGUUCAUAGUUGCCUUCCAUGUUCAAUGUGAACAGUGUGAGUCGUAACUGCAUGCUAUACCUUGUCAGGCUGGGGAUAAUAAGGUGGAGUCUUAACAUAUAUGGAGGUGAUCAAGUUGGAAAAGGCUUCUUUAAAGUUAAUUGGGAGAGGGCUGAAGUAUGUUUAUGCAACUAUCUUUACAGUAUUCGACAAUAUAUGGUAGGAUUUGAAUAAAAUCUGAACUAGUACUCUGGGAAAAAUAAUCUUUGUAAGCAGGGGAAUAAUUGCAGCAGUAUUGGUUGCACUUUUAAAAAGAUAACUAGCAAAAUCUUGAACUGGAAAUGCAACCAAAGUUCUACAUUUUGAAGUAUAAUUUUGAAUUUCAGUGGACAAUUUUUAACUACACGUGAUUCUACUCUUUGUGUGAAGCUUCUUUGUCACUAUAUAAAGAUUAUUAGUAAUUAACUGCCCAGAGUCACUGGGAGUUGGGUGGCAUAUACAUUUAAUAAAUAAUGAUAAUAAUUAUUAUGUUGCUUAUAUUGCUAUACAUGGUAUUUUAAAAAUCUUUAUUAGAACAUUACUAGAAGAGAAUUUGACAGACUUUGUUUAGAAAUGUAAAGUCCAUGGAAUAUGCAAUUUACUGAUAUGUUCCUCCUUGUCAUUACUGAGACAAUUAAAGUGGAAGGAAACAAUUA